UCGCGAGCCGCCAAAAGAGAAUGGGGAAAGACAGUCGCUCGGGGACCAAGAAGCGCGUCGGACCACGCAACGGAACCGCGAGAUCGUUGGAGAGCACGUGACAUAAACACACGCGAUACAAGGGCGAACCGCGAACCCGUGAAUUUCCGAUAUCGAUUCGUUUCGCACGAUUAAUCGCCACGCCGCGCGGCAUUGUCGUCCAAGAAGAAACUCCGAUGCGACAAUAGCGACGGGGCCGUGUACGAGGCAAAUUCAUAAGCAACCUUUUCUUCGUCGCGAUCGAAACAUUAACGGGACACGAUGUUCGUUUUUCACACGAGUUGAUAGAACGUGCGUCGGGAAAUGGUGAAGAAGCAGUGCGUCGGUGCGUUCUAGGAGACUGUGACAAAUGCGCGGAGUAUGACGUCAAAUGCGAUUAGAGGCAUUCGGAGGAAGAAGAGUUCGCUGUGCGAGGUAAAGGUGGCUGUAAUCGGAGCACCUGGAGUCGGGAAAAGUGCACUGACAGUGAGGUUUCUAACAAGAAGAUACAUCGGGGAAUAUGAUCACCAGUCAGAGAACAGAUACAAACACGAGGUAUUGGUUGACGGCGAACCUAUACUUUUCGAAAUUUUGGACACCUGUCCGAAGAGCGAACUCGAAUUGCCAUCAACGGAAACUCUGCAAUGGGCGGAUGGGUUACUUUUAGUCUACUCGAUAACCGAGCGGGGUUCGUUCAAUUUUGUGAGGAAGGCGAAAGAGACGCUCGCGGUGGCUGAUCCAGAAGCUACGAUGCCCCUUGCUUUAGUGGGAAACAAAGCUGACAUGGUUCACUUAAGACAAGUUAGUACCGAGGAGGGAGAAAUACUCGCGAAAGACUUUGAAUGCUGGUUCAGCGAAGUGUCAGCCGCUGAACAGGUCACCCAAGUCGCAGAGUCUUUCCACGAAUUGUGUCGAGAGGUUUUGGCAGCUAGAAGGAGAAACAAACAAUCUUUAUUGGACAGAAUGCUUGGCAGCAAAGCGACUCGUGCUUAUUCACGGGGUAAAAGUGAUUCGGCACUUCCAAAAGAUUAAUAUUUAUAAUCGCUUAAUUUAUUGGUAUCGAAACGCGUUACUUUUUAAAACAACUACAUAAAAGAAUUUAACGUGAUCACUGUUUUUAAAUAAAAUUUCUGGUGUUUUCUUAAAAAUUGAAAACAAAUGGCAUAUAUUUUAUGCACACAUAGCAUGUACUUAUCAUUGAAAUUAUAAGUACCAAAGAUGUAUGUAAUAUCACAUAACAUUUAUGAUAUCUAUAACAAUAUGUAAACCCUGAACUAUAUGUGAAUUUAAAUAUUUUACAUUGAAAAUUUUUAUCCACAUAACAGCAAUAUACACAUAUAAUCUUUUAAUAUAUUGUCACACUUUUUACUGAAAAAAUUUAUUAUUUCAUUGUAAGUUAAAAUGUAAAUUAACUUACAUAAACAUGCAGCACCAGAUAUGAAUACUGGAGACAAAAUUAACGUUGAACGUUUAUACAUUGUGUGCAAAAUUUAUGACUUAUGUACGCAUAGUUUAGAGAGACGUGGAAACUUAUAUUAGUCGAUCUAUAUUUAUUUUGUACGUACAAUGAGAAUUAUGACAAUAAAUAUUUUACUUAUUUAUUAUA